AAGAAUAUGUGGACAUAGAUACUGAUAAGGAAGAACCUAACGCAGGUUUUUCAGACUCUUUCUUUUCAGAAUUAACUGAUCUGGCUUUCUUUCGUUUGCAUCAACGUCAUAUCCUUUCUAGAUCUCAAUUGGCUUUUCAAAAACCAGAGCGAAAGGUCUUAUUCACUUAUCCUAACAAGAUGACUCUUAUCACCCUAGGUAGAAUGGUUGACGAGCACGAGUCGCUUGCUUCUCGCUAUGCGAGGUCUUAGCCUAGUGGCAAAGCUCCCGCACAAGUUGAGAUGCGUACUAAGUUCAUGCAUGAACGACCUGUUGGUUCUGUAAGAAUUCGUACUCCGAAACGGAAGAAGACCAUUCAUAAGCCACAUACUGGUCAGCGCACUCACAGAGUAGAGUUAGGAAGCACCAUUGGCGGGGAAGAGGGAAACCAUGACGAAGGUGAACUUCCACAGGAUUCUGUAUUCCCUGAUUCUGAUCAUUUGGAUAGCUUCGUGCAGCAGAUGUGUUAUGUCAUUCAUGACAAGCCCAUGGAUGUUGAUGCGAACAUGGAUACUGAGCAGGUUAAUAGUGAUGAACCAACAAUUCUAUGCUUAGAUAACUUGAAGAAUCCAAACACGGAUGUCAGGGUAAAAGAAUCUUCUGCCACUACUGCAGAGAGACCAGUUGAGGAUGAGGCUUUCCAUGAUAUAGGUUUUGAGGAACAAGCGUAUGUCUCAGCACCGAGUUUCUCAGGAUCUGACAUUAGACUGUUAGUCGACAUGCUGGCUGAGCAGGCCACCAGAUGGGCUGCAGGACCAUCCUUUGAGGGUGAUUCGUCUGCAGGACCAGCCACCGGGACUGAUACAGUUACGAUUCCUGGCAUUUCUAGUUUGUCGGAGGGUGAUGGACCUGCGGUUACGCAUAAUAUCCGAUCACCAUGA